GUCUUCUUUGCGCCGUCUUCUCACCGGAGAAUGAGUACAACUACGGCUGCUAUUCCGCCGCGACACCAGUCGAAGGUUGAUCCGAAUAACGUUAACAGAGCCGUGAAGUCUCUGCUAAAAUGGUGGGACUCCAAAUCCAAGACCGAGAACUCGGAAUCGCUCGAGAACGACGGUUUCGUCUAUCUAACCGUGACACUUAAGAGAAUCCCCCAGUUGGAUCGUACGAACCCUUUGAUGAUCCCUCUUCCUCAUCCUCUCAUCGAUCUGACCGCCGAAGAUUCACCGGAGCUCUGUUUGAUUAUCGACGACAAACACAAGAACAAAAUCACAAAGGAAGCUGCUUUGAAGAAGAUCGAAGCAGAGAAGAUUCCAAUCACAAGCGUGAUUAAAGUCUCUAAAUUGAAAUCCGAUUUACGCAAGUUAGAGGAGGAGAAGCGAUUCGAGUUGUAUUUCGCGGAGAGGAGGCUAAUGGCGAUUUUGCCGAAGCUGUUGGGGAAAGAGUUUGUUAAGAAGAAGAAGAAUCCGAUUGCGAUUAACUUAAGACACGGUAAUUGGAAAGAGCAGAUCGAAAAAGCUUGUGAAUCGGCUUUGUUCUUCGUUGGUAUAGGUACUUGCAGUGUUGUUAAAGUAGCGAAAUUGUCAAUGGGAAGGAAGGAGAUUGCAGAGAAUGUUGUAGCGGCCAUGAAUGAGAUUGGUGAAUCAGUUCCUGGUAAAUGGAAGAAUGUUAAAUUGUUUCAUCUCAAGUUGCUUGAGAGCUUGGCAUUGCCUGUUUAUCAAUCAGUUGCUUGAUGAAAAUGUUUAAAGAAGGUGAUGGCUGAUCUGGUUCCUCCAAUUAGUCACAAGUUUUGGGUUUUAUUUUUAGUGGAAUUUUUCUCUUAUGUGAUGCAUGUAAUGUUUAGAUUAUGUCUAGAGUGAACAAAACUGUUUUGAAUGAUUACAUUGCAACAGAUGGUUUUAAUACAAAUUUCCAUGAGUGGGUCUUAUGAAUUUACUGGUAACUUUGGCUUCUUUUGAUAUGAAUAUAUAUAGUCACAUGAAUUCUCUAUCAUCUGUUACAAGCAGAAUGUUGAUGUAUGAAUAUGAGAGGAUGGUUUCUGGUGAUGUAUAAGAAAGAAUCUAGAUUUCCUACUUUAUUGAAUUGCUUAUUUGCUUUGUUCUUCACAAAGGUAGAUUCUAUUGAUCUUUCUUUGUUCCACAAUUGUUCUUGCAUAAUCUCUUGAUGGAUUUGAGUUCUUCUUCAAGUUUCAAUUUUUGGUGUUUCCAAUCUCUUGAUGAUAUAUUUGAGACUCUCAGUUGAAAUUUCUAAAUUCUUGUUCGAUAUCUUUUUGAAACGGCAAAGAUGAUUUGAUGAACUUUGAAGUGUCCGUUAAAGCCGAUCAUGGGAUACAGUAACGGUUUAUAUCUUUUCACUUUCCAAUUCCUUGUACUCAAAUUCUUAUUUUUGUAUAGCUACGUUCCCGACUAGUUCUUGUUAAUCUAAAACUUGAACGCUACAUAAACAAUUCUUUAUCUC